AUGCAAAAAAAAUGCUGUGCAAACUUCAGCGUGGUUUGACGUUUUUUUGCAUUCGCCAACAAAAAUCACAAAAAUAAACAUCGCGAAAAUUGCAUUCCGCUCGUGCAGAGCAAAUCUAAAUUAUGUUCAUCGCGUUCUAAAUUCCCUCCUCGUGACUCAAGAAAGCUGCUUGCACAACAUAAAAGGGUAGGAGUGUGUGUGUUUUAUGAUGAGUUACGACGUUCUUGUGCGACCACCGCGUUCGCGAUCUGCUGUUCCUGGAGCCACAUCGCCCCCGCACGCCACGGGAGGGCCUUCCGAGGGGGCCUAUGCAGCCCGUGAGGCUUCAAAAUCCAACACAAGUACUCCCCGGAAGAGCCACUCAUCGCGCUUCAUGGCAGCCUUUACGCAAUUCUACGGGGCAGAAGAUGAAUCCCCAGGGAGCCCUGCGAGUCCUCCGGAGAGUGAAGCGGGGGCGGAAUUGCGUGGGAAGGUGGAAUCGAAGCUAAUGUCAAUGUGGCACAAUGUCAAGUACGGCUGGAGUGGGAAGUUGAAGGCGAAUUUCUCCAAAGAGCAACCAAUUUGGCUUCUUGGGCGAUGCUACCACAGGAAAUUCUCCCCACCACCAUCAAUGGAAUCCUCAGUGGAACUCAAUCCGGUGUCAAUGGAGACGAGAUUUAGAGAUGGGGAGCACCUACAUCAGGUCGUUGAGGGUCUUGACCCUGAAGCAGUGCACGAGCUGGGGACUGAUGUGAUGGAUGAGCAGAAUGGGGACACUUCGUGGGAAGAGGAGGGAAUUGAGGCGUUCAAGAGGGAUUUUAUAAGUCGAAUUUGGAUGACCUACCGCCGGGAAUUCCCAGCAAUGCCCGCUCUGAAUGGGGGUCAAUUCACUUCGGACUGUGGGUGGGGCUGUAUGCUUCGUAGUGGGCAGAUGAUGCUCGCUCAGGGACUUGUCAGUCACUUCCUUGGACGCAAUUGGCGCUGGGAUCCAGAUACGCAGAUUUUUGCAACGCAGGAAGACAAUCUCCACAGGAAGAUUAUUAAGUGGUUCGGGGAUGUGAGUUCACGCAAUAGCCCCUUCUCCAUUCACUCCCUCGUUACGCUGGGGCAGGAAUCGGGGAAGAAACCAGGAGAUUGGUAUGCCCCAGGGGCAGUGGCGCACCUUCUGCGUCAGGCAAUGUGCAAUGCAAGUCAGGAGAAUGUUGAUCUCGAUGGGAUUCAAGUUUACGUGGCGCAGGACUGCACGGUUUACAUUCAGGACAUCCUCGAUGAAUGCCUCGUGACCGACAGGAAGGCUACAGCCCCGUGGCAUCGUGCAAGAUCACCUUCUCGAGGUGGAAUGACAGAGAGCCAGGAAAAUACCCACUGGAAGGCUCUAAUUCUCCUUGUUCCUCUCCGUUUGGGUGCUGAGAAGCUCAAUACAAUCUAUGGGAAUAGCUUAAAGGCACUCCUGAGCCUUGAAGCAUCCAUUGGAAUCAUCGGAGGACGUCCCAAACAUUCCCUCUACUUUGUUGGCCAUCAGGAAGAUAAACUCAUCUAUUUGGAUCCACACUAUUGCCAAGAGAUGGUGGAUGUGAAUCAGGAGAACUUCCCGGUCAAUACGUUCCACUGUAAAUCCCCACGAAAGAUGAAAAUUACAAAAAUGGACCCAAGCUGCUGUGUGGGAUUCUAUUGUCCCACCAGGAGCGAUUUUGAUCACUUUAUUGCAUCCGUUCAACCGUACCUAAUGCCACUGAGAUCACCACAGAGCAGGGAAAGGGCUCAAGUUGGUCAUCAACAAACAACUGAAGUAAAUUACCCAAUGUUUGUCUUCUGUCGUGGCCGGAAGUGUGACCAAGUGAUGGAUCUUUCGAACGUUUAUUCCCACAACUUAUCAAUGAGUUCCUCAAUGUCCGGGACAACGGGUACGGAUGACGAUGAUGACGAUGAAGAUGAAUUUGUCAUCAUCUGAAUCAUCAUUCAUUCCUAAAAUAUAAUUUGCAAAAUAUAUUUAUUUCACCUUAAUUCGGUAAGUAUUCAUCCCUCAACGAAACCUCAUCCUUUCUACACUUUAUAAAUCAAUUUUAUUCUUUAAUUUUAUUAUUAAAUCAACGUACAUUCGACCUGUAAAGUACGCCCCCCACAGUGAGGGAGGGGGUGGAAAAGUGCAAAAAAUCACGCGAAUUUUGUGCAUUUUUUUGCUUCUCAAAUCAUUUUGUGAUUUUUCUGUGCUUAUUUUAAGACGUUAAUGUACUUAUAUUUCUCAAUAUAUGCGUUAUUGAAACGAA